ACAUAGCAGAGGAACUGAGAUGAGGGUUUGUCUAGUCAAAUGUCAACUGACACGCAUCUCAACCAAAACAGGCUCGCACGCUUUCAGCCAAACCACUGACACAUACUGCACUGGACUAAGAAGAUAUUCAGAAAUGUAGAGGAAAAAUAUCAAAUGAGUGUAAGUAAAAACGUAGGGAGCCCGUUGUGUAUAAUUAACGAAUGCUGUUUGGUAGGGGAUGAUCAACUGUAUGAUGUCGGAGCUGGUGAUACUGAAAGACCCCAUGGACCUUCAGCUAUGAUACACAAAUGGAAUGCAGCUCACCACUGGUAGUGAAUAACCCAGAGGACCAAUGGCUCAUUCACCCCAUGGUUGGUGGUCUAUCCUCAUUGGCAUCACUUUGCUGUGUGCCAUAGGGUCUAGUAGAGCUAAUAAGCCAUGUACUGCAUCAUCCAGCAUUGGGGACCUGGUCCUUCUGGGCUCCAGCUUCCAGGUGUUCUGUACCUAUCAGGCCAGCUGCAGAGCUUCCACAUCAAUGCACAUCGACAAGAAGAAAAUACACAAAAUACUGCGCUACAACUCUACAACUAUAUUCCUCAACGUGACAAACAUAAGUAAAAACACAACGUACACCUGCCUGUGUGAAGGAGAACCUGAGCCUUGCGGACUCGACAUUGAUACUGGAUACCCACCUGACCUGCCAGAAAAUGUAACCUGUGUCCAGAAAGGUCAAUUUGGAGAGGUGAUGUGUACAUGGAGGAGAGGAAGGGAAACUCACCUGACAACCACUUCAGUGCUCUGGGUAAGAGCUGUGUUUGGUAACAGCACAGCAGGAUCUGUAUCCUACCCUGGUUCUGGUUCCAGGUCUGAUCCUGGUCUAGUCUCAGCUAAUUUCCCUAUAUCUGGUUCUGUCCAGACUGAAUACUCCAUAUGGGCCAGCUCCUCCAACAAGCUGGGCUCUGCUGUGUCCACCACCCUCAACUUCACACUCGACCACAUUGUGCAGCCCUUGCCCCCUGUUGUGUCCCAGGUAGAGUGCUGGUCGCUGGGCUGUAAUGUCAGGGUGGAGGGGGCUCAGGGAGCUCAGCUCCUGGAGGUCCAGCAGAGAACCGCCCAGGGACCAGGACCAUGGAUAUUACACCCACACACCGCAGGUUCAGUGUGGAACCAGUCCAUUGUGUCUCUGCAGCCCUACACAAAGUAUGAGUUCCAGGCCAGGGUCAGACUGAGCCAUAGGAGAGGCAUCUGGAGUGACUGGAGCCAACCCGUCUCUAACUGGACCCAGGAGGAGGCACCUGCCAAGGCCCUGGAUGUGUGGUACACAACCUCCAACUCUCCCAACAACUCCAUCACGUUACACUGGAAGAGGCUGAGUCACACAGAGGCCAGAGGGAAGAUCAGGGUUUACAAGGUGAUAGUUCACGACACCCUGGCAGGGAAAUCUGAGCGCAACACCUCCAUGAAUCAUAUUUCAGGCCUGUCCUGCUCUCGCUGUGAUGUCACUGUCUACGCCCUGAACUCCAGAGGUUCCUCACCCCCUGCCCAUGUCACCAUUCCCCUCAGAGCAGCCCAGCCCCCUCAGAAUGUGAUGUGUAGAAAUCACAGUAACCACAGCGUCACCAUCUCCUGGCGAAGGCCUGCAACUGCAGGAGCAGCCAGAGGGACAUGGGAUGGGGCAGUAAGUGGCUACCUGCUGGAAUGGUUCCCUGUUGGCAGACAGGUGGAGAAGCUCAGGUGGAAGAGACUGGGUCCUAAUGAAACCCAUACUGUCAUUAGAGAUAACAUUAAGCCGUUUGAGUGUUAUGAGGGAGCAGUUUAUGCUCUGUAUGAGCAGGCAGUGGGCAGGGCCCAGUUUGAAGACUUCUACACCUUGGAAUUAGUGCCUUCCGCGGGUCCGUCUGUCCAUCAGCCGGUGGUGGAGGGGGACAAAGUGACAGUUUCCUGGUCAGAGGUCCCUCUGGAACACAGGCGGGGCUGUGUCAUCAACUACACCAUCUAUGUGGAAAACUCAGAGAGAAAAGACGUCGGAAACUACGUCCGCAGUGCAUCAGAGAGGUCCUUCACCAUCAGGGGCCUUCCCCCAGACUACUACCAACUAUGGAUGACCGCAUCAACUGCCUCAGGACAGGGCCCCAGAGCCGGACUCUCCUUCUUCAUCAAACCUCAAAGUUUGCUACCAGACAGCUGGCUUUAUACCAUGAUCCUGGUAGGGAUCACCUCCUUCUCGAUGUUCUUUGUCCUGCUGUGCCUGUACCAGGUUUCCUCGCUACGACGACGAGUCUCAACCCUCGUCCACUGCCUCAUGCCAGAUAUCGUCCCUGAUCCUGCCAACAGCAAAUGGGCAAAGGAGUGUGCCAAAGAGAAGGGUGAGUUGACCCUACACCUCUACCUCAGUGAGUCUAGUGUCAGUGAAGAGGAGGAGCCAGACACUGUGGAGGUCCAGGAGCUGCCUGAGGGCAGUUGGAGCUCAUGGAACCCAGCACAGCGCACUGACAUCUCCGGAACUCCAGAGGAUGCUAUUCACCCCUCCUUACACCUCCUCUUCAUGCCCCAGCAGAUCCCUGCGACAGACCCGUCAACAACAGCCUACUUCCAGAGCUCCUACCUCAAGAGCUUCUCCCAGGAGUCAGGCUCCUCAGGCCAGACACAUGAUUCCCAGGGAACAGAUAUGACUGUAGACUACAUCUCAACACACGUCCUAGAGGGCAGAGAGGAGAAGGAAGAGGAAGGUCUGGAUGUGAUGGGAUUCUUCUCCUGUCCGCAGAACCCCCUGAGUCCGUUCAUGAACCCUUUGGUGUCUUUCGGAGGGAAGCUGACUCUGGAUGCGGUCAGGAUCGACUGCAGUGAGUUCUUAGACUGAUGGGUUGGACUGAUAGCCAUAUAAAAUAACCCAAGGAGCAAGUCGUGUAAAGACCCUGUCUAAUCUCAAUGUAUCAUGACUUUGAUUCUCACUAACCAACAAUCAUUAUAAACAGUUAUAUUGCAUUACAGUACAAUAGUACACUAUCUAUCAGAGAUGGGAAACUACAGACCUCGGGGUCCAUAGUGGUGUAACACUUUUUCACCAUAGCAAACACUAAUUGCAUUCUAAACUGAAGAUGAUGAUUAGUUGAAUUUUGGAGUCAGGUGUUAGCUGGGGCAAAGGUGUGACAUCAAUCCGGGCUCCGAGGACUGGAAUUGCCCAUCCUAGAUCUAUAACACAAAAGGUCAAUACAAUACAACUCACCUGUCACAUUUCCCCCAGUUUACAGGGACUGUAAGCAAUGAGCUUUUCUGAAAUAACCCCAUGGUUUAUGUAAAGUGCACUAUGAGUUCAUAUCUGGAAGUUUAUUUAUUAUUUUCACAAAGAGAUAGUACUGGGAUAUGCAGGGUCAGCCUUAGCAUAGAGUCCUGGAUCCUUGCAGAGAGUACAGGUGCUCUAUAGUGUAAAUUUAACAUUGGGGAUUAUUAAACCCUAGUGAAAGUUUAAUACAUUUAAUAUAGGGGAUUAUUGUGAUGAGAAAAAAGGAGACUGGAGAUGCUAGAGAGGUUAGACUUUUAUUUGUUAUUUGGGGUCUUUGAAUCAGUUACAUUUCAUUAUCAACAAAUCAGCCUGCAUCUCAAAUCGACAGUUAAUCAGAGAACAGCAAGAAGCAAAAAGCACAACCAACCUGCGGUGAGCAAACAGGCAUGUAUUCUGAGAAGAAUAUGAGAUAGAUAUUAGGAUACAGAUUACAGAUGGAUCAAUGCUUUCAAAUAGUUGUCUCCUAUUUAGAUUUCAAACAUGAUUUACAAUAUUGUUUAACAGUGGUUUGUUAUACACAAAGAGAUAUGUGAACCCUUUAGAAUUACCUGGAUUUCUGCAUAAAUUGGUUUUAAAAUUGUAUCUGAUCUUCAUCUAAGUCACAGCAAUAGACAAACACAGUCUGCUUAAACUAAUAACAAACAAACAAUUAUAAUGUUGAUGUUUUUAUUGAACACACCGUGUAAACAUUGACAGUGCAGGGUGGAAAAAGUAUGUGAACCCUUGGAUUUAGUAACAGGUUGACCCUCCUUUGGCAGCAAUAACCUCAACCAAACGUUUUCUGUAGCUCCGGAUCAGACCUGCACAACGGUCAGGAGGAAUUUUGGACCAUUCCUCUUUAUAAAACUGUUUCAGUUUCACAAUAUUCUUGGGAUGUCUGGUGUGAACCGUUGUCUUGAGGUCAUGCCACAGCAUCUCAAUCAGGUUGAGGUCAGGACUGACUGGGCCACUCCAGAAGGCGUAUUUCCUUCUGUUCAAGCCAAUCUGUUGUUGAUUUACUUUUGUCUUUUGGGUAGUUGUCCUUUUGCAUCACUGAACUUCUGUUGAGCUUCAAUUGGCUGACAGAUAGCCUUACAUUCUACUGCAAAAUGUCUUGAUCAACUUGGGAAUACAUUUUUCCGUUGAUGAUAGCAAGCUGUCUAGGCCCUGAGGCAGCAAAGCAGUCCCAAACCAUGAUGCUCCCUCCACCAUACUUUACAGUUGGGGUGAGGUUUUGAUGUUGGUGUGCUGUGCCUUUUUAUCUCCACACAUAGUGUUGUGUGUUCGUUCCUUCCAAACAACACAACUUUAGUUUCAUCCGUCUGCAGAAUAUUUAGCCAAUAUCGCUGUGGAAUAUCCAGGUGCUCUUUUGAAAACUUCAGACGUGCAGAAAUGUUUUUGGACAGCAGUGGCUUCUUCCAUGGUGUCCUCCCAUGAACACCAUUCUUGUUUAGUGUUUUACAUAUUGUAGACUCAACAGAGAUGUUAGCGUCUUCCAGAGAUUUCUGUAAGUCUUUAGCUGACACUCUAGGAUUCUUCUUAACCUCAUUGAGCAUUCUGCGCUGUGCUCUUGCAGUUAUCUUUGCAGGACGGCCACUCCUAGGGAGAGUAGCAACAGUGCUGAAAUUUAUAAAUUUAUAGACAAUUUGUCUUACCGUGGACUGACUUUUAGAGAUACUUUUCUAACCCUUUCCAGCUUCUGACAUCUCUUUUGUUCGAGGCAUGGUUCACAUCAGGCAAUGCUUCUUGUGAAUAGCAAACUCAAAUUUUGUGAGUGUUUUUUAUGGGGCAGGGCAGCUCAAAUGAAUAUCUCCAAUCUCGUCUCAUUGACUCGACUCCAGGUUAGUUGACUCCUGACUCCAAUUAGCUUUUGGAGAAGUCAUUAGCCUAGGGGUUCACAUACUUUUUCCAACCUACACUGUGAAUGUUUAAAUGAUGUAUUCAAUAUAGACAAGAAAAAUACAAUAAUGUGUGUGUUAUUAGUUUAAGCACACUGUGUUUGUCUAUUGUUGUGACUUAGAUGAAGAUCAGAUAAUAUUUUAUCUAAAAUUUAUGCAGAAAUCCAGGUAUUUCCAAAGGGUUCACCUACUUUUUCUUGCCACUACAUACAAAAUGGAUGUAUUCAUUAGCAACACACACUAGCAUUCACACCAUCAAAUUAAAAUCAAUUUAAUUAUUGUAUCUUUAGUUCAAGAUCUUUUAAAGACCUCAAUAUCCAAUAAUAAUCUGCAGUAGCGGGUUUAGCAAGAGAAUAUAGCCCAAUGAAAUACACCAGAGUUAGGGAAGGUAUAUGGCUCUUUAGUUGAUGUGAAAGUGGUUUAGGUGCAUUGAAGUAAAAUCACUUAAUUUAUGAGUACAUUUAUACAGAGCAAGAGUAGAAUCAGAGAUGAGAAGAUAAUGAGAACCGCCAGAAACGUAACAAGAGUUUUGUAAUUGCCUGAAGAUAAGUAAAUAUAUUAUGCAGCACAUGAGGUGUGUCUAUUGAUCAAGACAGCCACCUCCAGAUUACACAUGCCUCCCAACAGUGGGUUCUCGUCUAGUUUGUAUGAAUUCAAAAGCUUAUCAUUCUCUUACUUUAGUCUAAAACCGGGCUGGGUUUCCAGCUAACAUAUGGAAUAGUCUUAUGAUGGUCAUAACAAGGAUAAUUUAGCUAUUUGAUUUAGAAUUUUAGAACUCCUGUAGGUAUAUAUAAAAAUAAUUACUUGAUGAAAUAUUGAUUUUGGUCUUACUGCUAUUAGCCCAUAGAAACGCAUUGAAUAACAUAUUCAUAUAUGGCAAAACUUAUAGUCAAAAAAUAAAUCAAACGGAAGUA